AACCGUCUUUCAUAUGACUCGGCAACGUUGCGCCCAACACACAGCAGAAAAUCGAGAGCUUGGGGUGUGUGUGGUGACUGACUAUAUAUUCGACUGUAGUACUUGUCAAAGUAGGAAAAAUUCGAGUGCCUUGUUGUACAAAAAAGAAGUUUGGGAGCUGUGAACUUGGCAGUUCUUUUGACAGCUCUGUCCCAAGUGUAGCCUAGAAUACCCGGCAUUCCAUUGUGGUGAGGAGGCUGCGCGUGUGGGACUGCUGACGGCCUCUGGGUUUUUUUUUUCGAAAAUCCCUCUUUCCACCCCUCGAUAUUUCCUGAUUUCUUUUCACCUCCAUCCCUUUUUGUACACACAAAAUGGCGGACGCCGACUCCCGCCUGGAUCGCAACGAUCCCGAUUUCAAAUACCUGGUUGUGGACCGAAAUGCCUUCAAUGACCCUACCACCCAGGCUGAGUGGACCCAGAAGAGACUCGUAUGGAUCCCCCACGACAACUUUGGAUUUGUCUCAGCUUCCAUCAAAGGAGAGAGAGGAGACGAGGUUGAAGUGGAGAUCAUGGAAACUGGCAAACGCUGCCAUGUACCAAAGGACGACUUGCAGAAGAUGAAUCCACCCAAGUUCGACAAGGUGGAAGACAUGGCCGAGCUGACCUGCCUCAAUGAGGCCUCAGUCCUCCACAACAUCAAGGAGAGAUAUUACUCUGGACUCAUUUACACAUACUCUGGCCUGUUUUGCGUGGUAGUCAACCCCUACAAGAGGCUGCCCAUCUACACGGAGAAGAUCAUUGAUUUGUACAAGGGCAAGAAGCGACACGAAGUGCCUCCGCACGUCUUCGCCAUCACCGAUUCGGCCUACAGGUCCAUGUUGCAAGAUCGUGAGGACCAGUCGAUUUUGUGCACGGGCGAAUCCGGUGCAGGAAAAACGGAGAAUACCAAGAAGGUGAUCCAGUAUUUGGCAUACGUGGCCGCCUCGAAACCCAAAACCACUGCCACCGCCCACAAGGACGUCACGGAAGCGUUUAAUAUCGGCGAACUGGAACAACAAUUACUUCAAGCCAAUCCAAUUCUGGAAGCUUUUGGUAACGCCAAAACUGUCAAGAACGACAAUUCAUCUCGUUUCGGCAAAUUUAUCCGGAUUAAUUUUGAUGCCUCCGGCUACAUUGCUGGUGCCAAUAUCGAGACUUACCUUUUGGAGAAAUCCCGUUCCAUUCGUCAAGCCAAAGAUGAACGCGCCUUCCACAUUUUCUAUCAGCUCCUGGCCGGCGCCAAUGCCGAGCAGCGAAAGGAAUUCAUUUUGGAGGACCCGAAAACUUAUUGUUUCCUGUCCAGUGGCAACCUCCCAGUGCCUGGAAUCGACGACUCGGCCGAAUUCCAGCAGACUUGCAAAUCCAUGGCCAUCAUGGGCCUCAGCCCCGAGGAUCUGUCUCCGCUCUUCCGCAUCGUCUCGGCCACCCUCCUCUUCGGCAACAUGAAGUUCAAACAGGAGCGCAAUUCCGACCAGGCCACUUUGCCCGACAACACGGUCGCCCAGAAGAUCGCCCACCUGCUGGGCAUGAACGUGACUGAGAUGACGAAGGCUUUCCUCAAGCCGCGCAUCAAAGUCGGCCGCGACUACGUCACCAAAGCUCAAACCAAGGAGCAAGUGGAAUUCGCCGUUGAGGCCAUCUCCAAGGCCUGCUACGAACGCAUGUUCCGCUGGCUGGUGACCCGCAUCAACCGCUCGCUGGACAGGACCAAGCGCCAGGGCGCCUCGUUCAUCGGCAUCCUCGACAUGGCCGGUUUCGAGAUCUUCGAGCUCAACUCGUUCGAGCAGCUGUGCAUCAACUACACCAACGAGAAGCUCCAGCAGCUCUUCAACCACACCAUGUUCAUCCUGGAGCAGGAGGAGUACCAGCGCGAAGGCAUCGAGUGGAAGUUUAUCGAUUUCGGGCUGGACUUGCAGCCGACCAUCGACUUGAUCGAGAAGCCCAUGGGCAUCAUGGCCCUGCUGGACGAGGAGUGCUGGUUCCCCAAGGCGACGGACAAGAGCUUCGUCGAGAAACUGCUCAACUCGCACGUCAGCCACCCCAAGUUUAUGAAGACGGACUUCCGUGGCGUGGCCGACUUUGCCGUCAUCCACUACGCCGGAAAGGUGGACUACUCGGCCGAGAAGUGGCUCAUGAAGAACAUGGACCCGCUCAACGAGAACAUCGUCGAGCUGCUCCAGCAGUCGCAGUACCCGUUCAUCGUCCAGAUCUGGAAGGACGCCGAGAUUGUCGGCAUGGCCCAGCAGGCCAUGACGGACACGACUUUCGGCUCCAGGACCCGCAAGGGUAUGUUCCGCACCGUCUCUCAGCUCUACAAGGAGCAGCUGACGAAGCUGAUGGCCACUCUGAGGAACACGAACCCCAACUUUGUCCGCUGCAUCAUUCCCAAUCACGAGAAGAGGGCCGGCAAGAUCGAGGCCACUCUGGUGCUGGAUCAGCUCCGCUGCAACGGUGUCCUCGAGGGCAUCCGCAUCUGUCGACAGGGAUUCCCCAACCGCAUCCCGUUCCAGGAGUUCCGCCAGCGCUACGAGCUCCUGACUCCCAACGUCAUCCCCAAGGGAUUCAUGGACGGCAAAAAGGCCUGCGAGAAGAUGAUCCUCUCGCUCGAGCUGGACCCCAACCUCUACCGCAUUGGUCAGUCCAAGAUCUUCUUCCGCGCCGGAGUGCUGGCCCAUCUGGAAGAGGAGCGUGACUUUAAGAUCACGGAUUUGAUUGUCAACUUCCAGGCCUACUGCCGAGGCAGCCUGGCCCGUCGCAACUUCCAGAAACGCGUCCAGCAAUUGAACGCGAUCCGCAUCAUCCAGCGCAACUGCGCCGCCUACCUCAAGCUGCGCAACUGGCAGUGGUGGCGUCUCUACACCAAGGUGAAGCCGCUCCUGCAGGUGACAAAACAGGAGGAGAAGCUGACGCAGAAGGAGGACGAGCUGAGGCAGGUGCGCGACAAGCUGGACGGCCAGAUCAAGACGGCCCAGGAGAUGGAGCGCCGCUACCAGCAGAUCAUUGAGGAGAAGAACAUUUUGGCCGAGCAGCUGCAGGCCGAAACGGAAUUGUGCGCCGAAGCCGAGGAGAUGCGCGCCCGUCUGGCCGCCCGCAAACAGGAGCUGGAGGACAUCCUCCACGACAUGGAGGCCCGCAUCGAGGAGGAGGAGGAGCGCUGCCACAAGCUGAUGGAAGAAAAGAAGAAGGUCCAACUGACGGUCCAGGAUCUGGAGGAGCAGCUGGAAGAGGAGGAAGCUGCCCGUCAGAAGCUACAGGUCGACAAGAUCCACGUUGAAGCCCGCCAGAAGAAACUGGAGGAAGACUUGGCCGUCGCCGAGGACUUCCAGCAAAAGUUCAUGAAGGAGAAGAAGCUGUUUGAGGAGCGGACGGCCGACCUGUCGCAGGCCCUGGCCGAGGAGGAAGAAAAGGCCAAACAUUUGGGCAAACUUAAGGCCAAACACGAGACGACCAUCGGCGACCUGGAAGAGCGACUCAUCAAGGAGCAGCAGGCCCGCCAGGAGUUUGAGCGAUCCAAGCGCAAGCUGGACACUGAACUGACGGACAUUCGCGACCAGCUCACCGAGAAGAAGACGUACAUCGAAGAGAUCCAGAUCCAGCUGUCUCGCCGCGAGGAGGAGCUCACCCACGCCAUGAUGAAGGUGGACGAGGAGGCGGCCAACCGGGCCGUUGCCCAGAAAGCCCUGCGCGAACUGGAGGCUCAGCUGGGCGAGUUGGGCGAAGAUUUGGAGGCGGAAAAGGUUGCCCGCGCCAAGGCCGAGAAGCAAAAGCGCGACUUGAACGAGGAGCUGGAAGCUUUGAAGAACGAGCUCCUGGAUUCCCUGGACACGACGGCCGCCCAGCAGGAAUUGCGCACCAAGCGCGAGCAGGAACUGGCGGCCCUGAAAAAGGCCCUGGAAGACGACACGGCCUCGCACGAGCUCCAGGCCCAGGAGAUGCGCCACAAGCACAGCGAGGAAACGUCCAAGAUCCACGAGCAGCUGGACACGGUCAAGAAGAGCAAAAUGGCGCUGGAGAAGGCCAAGGCCACCCUGGAAGCCGAAAACGCCGACAUGGCCAACGAGAUCAAGACCCUGACGGCCAGCAAAACGGACGGCGAGCGCCGCCGCAAGCAACUCGAGUCGCAGUUCUCUGAGCUGCAGGCCCGUCUGGCCGAGGCGGAGCGCGGGCGCGGCGAAGGAUCGGAGCGCCUCGUCCGUCUGCAGACGGAGAUCGAGACCAUCACCGUCCAGCUGGUGGACGCCGAGUCCAAGUUGACGAUCGCCAUCAAGUCGCAGACGACGAUCGAGCAGCAGCUGAUCGAAGUCCAGGCACUUUUGGAGGAGGAGACCCGCCAGAAAUUGGCGCUGAGUUCCAGAUUGCGCCAGGCCGACUCUGAGCGCGAGUCGCUGCAGAACCAACUCGAGGACGAGGAGGAGUCCAAGCGCCAAUUGGAGAAGCAGAUUUCCAGCCUCAACAUUCAGCUGAUUGAGGUGAAGAAGAAGGCGGAAGAGGAAGGCGAAGCUGCCUUCCAACUGGACGAGCUCAAGAAGAAAUCCAUCAAGGACAUUGACGCCCUGCAGAGGCACAUUGAAGAGUUGCAGGCUAACCUGGACAAGCUGGACAAGUCCCGCAAGAAGCUCGGGUCGGAAUUGGAAGACACGACGGUGGAAUUGGAAUCGCAGCGGACCAAGGUGCUGGAUUUGGAGAAGAAACAGCGCAACUUCGACAAGGUGCUCAUGGAGGAGAAGACCAUCUCGGAGCGUUACGCCAUCGAACGCGACAACGCCGAGCGUGACGCCCGUGAGAAAGAGACCAAGGUCCUUUCACUCAACCGCGAACUGGAGGAAGCCCUGGCCAAGAUCGACGAGCUGGAGAGGAUCCGCCGCCAGUUGCAGGGUGAGCUGGACGACCUUGCCAACACGCAAGGAACGGCCGACAAGAACGUGCACGAGCUGGAACGAGCCAAGCGAGCCCUCGAGUCUCAGCUGGCCGAGCAAAAGACCCAGAUUGAGGAGCUGGAGGACGAGCUGCAGUUGACUGAAGAUGCCAAACUGCGUCUGGAGGUGAACAUGCAGGCCCUCAAGGCCCAGUUUGAGCGGGACCUUCAAGCCCGCGAGGAGCAGAGCGAGGAGAAGCGACGCACCCUGGUCAAGCAGCUGCGCGACCUGGAAGCCGAGCUGGAAGACGAGCGGAAGCAGCGAGCCGUGGCCGUGGCUGCCCGCAAGAAGAUGGAGGGUGACAUGCGCGACCUGGAGGCCCAUCUGGAGAUGGCCAACAAGCUCAAGGAGGAUGCGCUCAAGCAGCUCAAGAAACUCCAAGUCCAGGUGAAGGAGUUCCAGCGCGACGCCGAGGAGGCCCGUGCCGGACGCGACGAGUUGGUCACCCAGCUCAAGGACGGCGAGAAGAAGAUCAAAUCGCUCGAGGCUGAGCUGUUGCAGAUGCACGAGGAGCUGGCGGCGGCCGAAAGGGCCCGUCGCACGGCCGAAGGCGACCGCGACGAGCUCCAGGAGGAGUUGGCCACCAUCAACAGCCGCGGAACGCUCAUGGCCGACGAGAAGCGCCGCUUGGAGGCUCGCAUCCAGUCGCUCGAGGAGGAGCUGGAAGAGGAGCAGUCCAACGGCGAAGUCCUGCUGGAUCGCAACCGCAAGGCCCAGCUGAGCUUCGAGCAGUUGACGACCGAGUUGACGUCUGAGCGCUCCGUCUCGCACAAGAUCGAAAACCAGCGGGCCCUACUCGAGAAGCAGAACAAGGAGCUCAAGUCCAAAUUGACUGAAUUGGAGACCUCGACCAGGACCCGGACCAAGGCCACCAUCACGGCCCUCGAGGCCAAAGUGGCCAACCUGGAGGAGCAGUUGGAGAACGAAGCCAAGGAGAGAAUGUUGCAGUCGAAGAACAACCGCAAAUUGGAGAAACGCUUGAAAGAGUUGCUGCUCCAGUUGGAGGAUGAACGCCGGCACGCCGAUCAGUACAAGGAACAAGUGGAGAAAUCCACCAGCCGAGUCAAGGCUCUUAAGCGCCAACUGGACGAGGCCGAGGAGGAGGUGAGCCGCGAAAAGGCUCAGCGACGCAAAGCCCAGCGCGACUUUGAGGACGCCCUCGAGUCGCAGGAGAGUAUCUCUCGCGAACUGACGACGCUCAAGAGCAAGAUGCGCCGAGGACCGUCGGUCGCCUCCUCUUCCAGCGUCCUGGUCACAACCAUCCGCACCACCAAACGUGGUUCUGUCUCUCAGGAAGGGAUCACUACUAACGAGUCGUACAUGAUUGGCGAUGCUGAAUCCACUUUGGAAACCGACGGAGAAGAUUCCACCAAGCAAUAAGAAAAGAAAAAUCGUAUAUUUUUUUUCCAUGUUCUGCUUCUUCUUCUUCAUCUUCUGCCUCUCCCCCCUUCAUAUUCGACCGUGAAAAAACUUAAAAGAACUGGAAUCCGGCCAUCUCCCAUUAUGAUAUAAUCCCCCCCGCUUAUAUACGAUUCCCCCCCCCUCCAUCUUGAAUUAUAUUCCAAAAAAAGAGAGUGAAUGAAAAAGAAAAAAUUUACAAAAAAAAAAUCAACUAAUUAAAAAAAAUGUUAACGGGUGGUUUAUUUUUCGUGCAUCCUCCACUUUGACGAAUCAAUUAUUUUUUGGGGUUAAUUUUUUGUAAUAAUCUUCCUUGGAAUUAACACACGAAAAAAAAGUUAAAAAAAAAUUCUAAUGUAUACCAUUGGGUCGAAUUCAUCGAAGAGUUAACAAAACAACGCACGGUGUGGCCUUACGUUUAUUUUUAUUGAUUUUUUUUUCUUUUGAAAUUAGCGGAGGAACAUUUUUGAAAGGAAAAGAUUAAAGGAAAUUAAUUCUGUUGUUUCUCGCUGACGGUGUGAAAUUCAAGACCAACGAAGUAGAACGACGAGACGAUUCAUAAUGAUAAUAAAGAUUAAUGCGCGAAAUGUCGUGAAAUCGAAAACGAAAAAAAUCCAGUUGACUUAUUACAUAAUAAGCUCCGAGUGUUUCCAGCUGCCAAAAUGUAUUCUUUAUCUUUUUUUUCUCCCUCAUCAUUAUUCUUCCACUUGUCUCUUUCUCCCCCCCCCCAUAUUUGCAUACGACAUGCGAUUCAAUUGUUUAUUCCCCUCUUUUUUUAAGAAAUUUUUUUCGUUUGUUUACACUUGUGCUAAUUAAUGAAAAGCCUCCAUUUAAAUUUUUUUAUUAUUUUCAAUUCUUGGCCACGAUAACGAACAAGCUGAUGCGGCAUUAAUGAAAAAAAAAACAAAUUUAGAAGGGAAAGUGGGUGGAUUGAUUGGACAAGAAAAUGAAAUAAUUUUUGUUUGAUUUUCUAUUCCUCGAUUCGUCCGUUUAUCUCACCAUAUAUUAAUUGUGUUUUAUUCGUGUGUGGAAUCAUAUAAUUUUUAAUGCCCUUUUUUUUAACCAUUAUCCUCAUCUUCCGCGCGCGCGUCCGUCUUUUAUUUUUCGUUUAUUUUUGCCCCCGUUUGGCUUGGCUCUUUUUUUUUCACAAAUUUUGAAAAAACAAAAGUUUUUAUGAAAUUUUUAUUUCUUCAAGUUCCACUCAACUCUGAUUUUGGUUUGCUUCUAAUUAGUUUGGUUUAUUUAGAUAAGCAAGAGAGAUAUUUAGCACAAAAGAAAAGGUAAAAAGAAAAAAAAAAAAUAAUAUCGUGAUCGAUUUCAUUCCUUUCUAUUUCUCUCCUUUUGCUCCUCCUCGUCUCUGUCUCCUGAAAAUAAAAAAAAGCAAAAAUUUAGUAAAAUCGAAAAACCAAAACAAUGAUGGAUGGAACAAUAAUAAUAUCAUGGAUUUAAAACAAAA